AUGGGAUAUGGUCAGGAAGUGUACGCUUAUUUCUUCGGCGGCACAGAGAAGGGCGCAAUCUACGCCUCCCUGGCCAUGGUCCUGGUGCUGUGCCUGUACUUGAUGGACUUCUUCUGGCCGCCGCACUUGGAAGGUCAGUACUUCGUGCUGUGUGACAAGGACAUGUUCGCAGGAAGAAGCAUUUUGGGAGUGGCAGGUCUUUUGCUCUUCGGGGCGGCCCUGAAUUUGGCUGAGACCUACCCGUCGGUGCCCAUCCAGUGCACGGUGUUGCUUGGCCCCCUUCUGACGACAGUGGUGCGGGCAUUGACGCGGCCCGUGCCUGAAGAUGGCGUGGAGCUGGAUCAGGUUGGGCAUCUGCACAGCAUGCGCCUGAUGAAAAUGCAGCGCUACGUUGGUUCAGAAAGGGAUGCCACUGCUUUUUACGCUGGCAGCAUGACGGCCUUCUUCCUGCUUGGGCUCUUGACGCUGACUGUAUGGUUGGUGUGGGCGUUGAGCGAGAACAUCGACUUCAGUGAUGUUACCUUCGGCAACACUGAAUCAGAGCUGAAAUACAUCCGCUGGGUAUCACCCGUGGCAGUGGGAUUGGCCUAUUUGAUGUUCGGCCUCAUAGUUUCCCUGAGAGUUGGACUAGCUGGGACUUACAACCACGGCGACAUGCUGCUUCAGAUGGUGACGGAAUCCGAGCAAGUCACAAUGAGCAAUGGGCGGAAGUCUGUGCGGCGGAAGACUUUGGUGGGCAUGGUCGCACAGCAGCUUGAGCAAGAGGAUGCAGACUGCAAGCUCGCCUUCGACAAGCUAAGCAACAUGCAGAAGGAUAAGUUUGCAGAGAAGCAGAUGCAAAACUUGGAUCUUGUGUCGCGUAUGAUCAAGGUUUGUGGCUGCGUCUUCGUGUUAAUGUUCGGCACCACCUGGAUGGCUUCCCAGCUUGUUUCCUCCAGCAGUCAUCUCUCGGAUCUUGUUCUGGGCUUCCUCGGAGUCUUCAGCAUCAGCUUUUGCCUCUUCGUGCUGGUGGCUUUCCAGCGGCUGAAGACCGUGAUGGCUGACUGGUGCAAGAAUCUUCCGCUAUACCGGCUCUCCGUUAGUCUGGUCCAAAGCGAUUGGGUCCGAGCUCUUCUUGCCUUUGGUUUCAGCCCCAUUGUUCCCUUCGUGUUGGUCCUCUCCUGCGUGAACCAGAAGGUUCGCAGGUGGCGGGGUCUUCCAACUAUCACCUACGAGGCAGGAGAAAGCUCGCUCCCAUUCGCGCCGGAAAGUGACGCGGAGCACCUCUGGUUGACACAACGGGUCUCUUACCAGGUUGAAGCAAUGCGCUUGGACUGGAACUGGAUUUCAAUCUUCAUGAAGAUGUAUGUGUUCGGCCUUCUAAUGCUCCUGUACGUGGCCUUUCCGAUUUUGUUGAACAUCUUCCUCUCCUGGCUCAGCUCGGCACUACAGGGCUUUGACUUUGGCCUGGUCUGCGUCUGCAUUGUCUUGGCAGGUCUUUGCUGCUUCUUGCUUCCCCCGGUCCCAGGCGUGCCUGUCUACCUCUUCGCGGGGAUCAUCAUCGCCGACAAGUGCCCACUGGGCUUCGAGGCCGGAGCCGGCAUUGCCAUCGGCGUGGGCUUCGUGCUGAAGCUUAUGGCAUGUGCCAUGCAGCAGAAGAUGAUUGGAGAGCGCCUUGGGGCGAACCUUACAAUCCGAGCACAGGUGGGGAUCAACACGCCCAUGAUCCGCGCCAUAGAGGCCGUGCUGCGCACCCCGGGCAUGAGUGUUGGCAAGGUGUCAAUCCUUUGCGGUGGGCCGGAUUGGCCAACUUCCGUUCUUGCUGGCAUUCUGCACCUGUCGCUCCUUGAGUGUGAAAUCGGAACCUUGCCUAUCAUCUUCUUUGUGGCUGCUUGCUCUCUGUCUGGCUCUUUUUACUUGAAGCAGGACGAGAGUGAGUUGUGGGAUCGGGCGGCUACGUUCAUGAUGUCGGCCUCGGUUUUCCUGUGCAUGCUGCUCCAGAUCAUGGGGGCUUGGGCCAUCCAGACGCAGUUAGACAGGAACGAGUGGGAGUUGACGAAGCCGUUGGAGCAGAACGUAGAGCUGGACUGGCUGGACUUCCGUUGGCAGGAAAUGUCCCGGAAGGCUGCCGUCAGGUGGACCGAUGUCCCAACUUGGCUCCGCUUUGUGACUGUCUUUGGAGUCCUCCUUCAGGUCUUAGUUGGGCAGGUCUUCUACUGGAGGUCUUCCAUGUGCUUUGGCGAGUUCGAGGUCACGGAUGACAUAAACUCCUUGCAAUGGUGGGUAGACGGCGAGUCGGGGCUGAUCCUUCUUCCAGGACUUGUAUGCUGCUGCCUCUCCAUCGGAGGCUGGUUCUUCUACUUCCUCCUUGGUUGCUGGUUGAAAAGACGGCAAGCCAAGCCGUUCGCGGAGAUGUCCAAGCGCUUGGAUGCCAUUGAGGUGCAGUGGAAGGAGCUGCGGCGCGGUUUAGCUGCAGAGCUUGCGGCGCAUGGCGCUUGCAGAGACAAUUGGGAGGUGCCGAAUCUUGCAGCUCGGAGCUUGCAGCCCAUGCGGCAGCGUUGGCAGCGACACAAUGAACCAUCCGCCUCACCAGUAGAAGUGGCAGAUGGAGCCAAGGGUUUGUCUGUGGCAGUUAUCGGUGGAGGCAUUGCCGGCCUGGCGUGCGCUCGACGCCUAGGUAGCCUGGGCCUGAAAGCCACGGUCUUCGACACUGGGAAGAGAGGGCCCGGUGGCCGAGCCUCUUCGCGAACCUGGCGAGGCCAAAUAUGUGACCAUGCUAGCCAGUUUGUCACGGCCACGGACAAGGACUUCAGAGAGCUGCUCGCUUCCUCAGGCGCUGCCCGGCCCUUCGGUGGCGAUGGACGAUUUGGAACGCUGAGCCAAAACGGCUUUGAGCCCUUGGACGACGGCGUUGAACGCUGGGUGGGGCUGGAGGGCAUGGGAGGCCUCGUGCGAAAACUUGCCGAGGGCCUGGACAUCCAGCAGGACGUCUGGGUUCCACCCUCCAACGGACUUCAAUGCUCACGCAGUGAUGGGCGCUGGGGCGUCACAGUGCCCGGACAGCAUGGUCGGGAUGUAAAAUGGUUCGAUGCUGCAAUCAUCGCUCACAAUGGGAAGUGCGCCGAGCGCCUGACGUCCUCAACUCCGGCUAGAGAGGUCCACUCGCUUCUUCGCACCAAUUUCGCUUGCUCCCUGCCACGUAAUCCAAGGCCAGGAAGCGGGAAGUUCACGCUGAACCAGAUCUAUUCUCUGCUCUUUGAGGUGCCCAGUGGCUUGAUGCCUGGUAACUUCGACGCCGCUUUCGUGGAAGGUGAACCAAUCCUGAGAUGGUUGUCGUCCAACACUGCAAAGCUGCGGCAAGGUGGUGACGGGGAGGUAUGGACAGCUUUGAGCUCGGCACCUUUCGGGAAGCAGCACAAAGCACCUCAGGAGUUCCUGGAGGGGACCCCCAAGGAAACAGAGGUGGUGGACCUCAUGCUGGGGGCUGUGGAACGUGUGGCAAAACUGGCCACAGGGAGUCUGCGAGGCAGCGUGCGAGCCACAAAGUUGCAGCUCUGGGGCGCGGCCUUGCCAAUCACACGUUGGGCGAGCCGAGACAGUGUGGACUUUGCCUGGUCAUCAAAGCACCGGAUCGGCAUUGCAGGCGACUGGCUCACUGCGUCGCCAGAGAGGGCCUCCACCAUCGAAGCCGCGUGGCUUUCGGGUGUCCGGCUGGCUGACCACAUUGCGCGUUUGGGCACGGAGGAUGCCGGCAUCCAGCUGGGCGAGGACGGAGGCGCCUUUGUGCCUGUGGAGAAAGCGGACUUCGGCACCGCGGCCGGCGAGGCCGCCUGGGUCGCAGAGGAAGAGCCCAAGGGAAAGGGAAAGGGCCGCGGCUCCAAGGGAAAGGGCAAGAGCCCCAAAGGUGCGCAAGCUGAGCGAGUCGCACGAUAA